GGGAGCAGAGAACAGCAGGCUUGGGGAUCGCCCUGCGCCCUGCUUACAGGUGGUUCCUCUGCCAAAGUAGUUCUGGGGUCUCCCACCCUCGGUUCCCAGUUACCAGGACCAGCCUCCAGACCAGUCUACCCUAGAAAAACUAUGACCCCGGCCAGCAUCAGGAAGCUGAGCGAGAUCAGCAAAGAAAGGCCACCCUACACGAGCAGCCCACCUGGCGCUUGACCGAGCGUUUCCUUCCGUCCCCGGGAAGUGGGUACCAGGGCUGGGAGGAAGGCGCCCCAACACUGACGAGGAUCGCGCAGCUGGCUGGGGUAGAGGAGGGGGCAAGAUGCUUGGUGGUGGUCGUUUGUCCUCUCUCCACCUGUGACACCUCCAGGCCAGUGACAGGAACCAACCAGAGAGAAACGAGCCCGCUAGCGCCUCGGUCAGCCUCUUUCCGCCAUCUUCUGGCAAGUAGACAGAAAUACAGGAGCAGGUGCCCCGGGAAAGAGGCCUCUAUCGGGUUUGUGUUUGACCACCAACUGGCCCUAUGCCAGAUCAGCUUGAGGGAGCCACCCAUUCUGCCUCAGUGCCCUUGAUCUUUCUCUGCUACUUCUCCCUGGCCAGGGUUGGUCCAGCCCUCUCCAGGCUGGAACUGAGUCACUCCCCAGGCAGGAAGGGCUGUGCGGAGCCCACAGUCACAAGGGACAUAGUCAGGCUGCAGAACCCUGCUGCCCACACCCCAACCAGGUAGGCUUUCCCAGGUGAGCAGGGGGCGUCCCUGGGUUUGGGGAUGGGAUAGAGGAGUCCUGAAGGUCUGUAGAGAACUUCUGUAUAGUCCUUGGUCUACAGAUGAGGAAACAGGGGCCUGAGUGAACUGUUGGAAGACACACGGAAGGAAAGUGGGCAGCUGAACCCAGAGGAUCACAGGAAAUCACAUCACUUCCAAGUCUCCAUGGCAGAGGAGGGGGCCAUCCUAAAGAUCACCAGGAACCUGAAAGAUGCUGUCUCUGCCAUCCUCCAAGGAUAUGGGGAUGGACAGGGGCCCGUGACAGACACCAGCGCUGAGCUACAUAGACUCUGUGGCUGUCUGGAGUUGCUACUGCAGUUUGACCAGAAGGAGCAGAGGAGCUUCCUGGGGACCCGAAAAGAUUACUGGGAUUUCCUAUUCACAGCCCUGCGAGGGCAGCGGGGUCACACUGAGCAGACCAGAUUCGUAUGCUCCCAGGACAAGCUGAAGACCUCUCUAGGAAAGGGUCGCGCCUUCAUCCGACUCUGCCUCGCCCAUGGACAGCUGGCUGAGUCCAUGCAGCUGUGCCUCCUGAGCCCAGAUCUCACUAGGGAAUGGUAUGGCCCCCGGAGCCCUCUGUUGUGCCCUGAGCUCCAGGAAGACAUUUUGGACUCUCUCUAUGCCCUCAAUGGAGUUGCCUUCAACCUGGACCUGCAGCGGCCAGACCUGGAUGAAGCCUGGCCCAUGUUCUCAGAGUCCCGCUGCUCCAAUCCCAGACAGACCCAGGAAAGAAGACACAGAAAGCCCAAAGGUUCCCCAAAGGAGGUGAGCUGCUCCAGAGAACAGCUUCAGGGACCAGACGCCUGUGGAACCAACUGUCUGCAAGAUGCACCCAGAGAAGACCGCCUACCUGGCCUCCCUACCCCCUUGCAGCAUGGCCAUCUUCCCACCUUUUUAGAAAAGAAGAAGGGGGGUCCCAGGAGCCUCAGCUGUCCCCAGAGCAUUUGGGAAACAGAAGGGGAGGGAUCUGAGCUAGACCAGAAGGAGGGAGGCCCAAAGAACAGGAAAUCCCUGGAGAAUUCCGCAACCAGCAGCCAGCAAGAGAAGGAGGGGGCUAAGGAGUCUCAAAGGAAGGUGACAGGAAAGGAAGAUGAAGGCAAAGGAAGUCUGUCAGUGACAGGUCAGAGAACAACAGAGGGGACCCAGGAAAAGGCAGCAGAUUGGGACCAUGACCAAAAGCUGCUGACCCCCAGCCUUCAAGGAAGGGUAAAUGACCCAGCAUUAGGGAACAGGCAGGGGCGGGAUCAGCCUAGUGUUCUAGGGCUGCCCUGGGUCCUGCAAAGCCCACGAGUCAAGAAAGGUUCCUCCACAGAGAAGCCACAAGAGCGGACAAGAGUGACCAGUGUGAGCAAGCUGGAGGAUCAAAUGGAAGUGCCCCUGCAGGAGGUGGUCAAGGACCCCAAGUAUGGGCUCAGUCUGGCAAAGGAACAGGCCCAGCGCCAGGAGCAGCUGCUGCGGGCACAGGAAGGAGAGCUGCAGGCGCUCCAGGAGCAGCUCAUCAGGUGUCAGGCAGAAAGAGCCCGUUUGCAAGUGAUGUUGGAGCAGACGCAGCAGGAAGCUGAGAGGAGGGACGCCAUGUAUGAGAAGGAGCUCGAAGGGCAGAGGGACCUGGUCCGGGCCAUGAAAAGGAGGGUGUUGGAACUGAUUCACGAGAAGGACCACCAAUGGCAGAGGCUCCAGCAGCUGUCUACUGUGGCCCCUGGACACUGCGUGGGCUGCAACAAGGUCUUCAGACGUCUGUCUCGGCGGUAUCCUUGCAGGCUCUGCGGAAGAUUUGUUUGCCAUGCCUGCUCUGUAGACUACAGGAAGAGAGAACAGUGCUGCCCAGCCUGUGCCCAGCGGGAGGAAAUCCAGGUCACCUGACCAAAAUCGCAAGAGGAGCCUAAGAUCACCCCCACUUCCCUGCCCCCCCAUAGCUCGCCUCCCCCCACCCCGCCCCUGAAGUCUGACCACUCUUUUCUUCUGGAAGCUGGUGAGCUGAGACACCAGCACAGCUGGAGAUCUAAAAAUAAGCCUAGCUCUGCCCUUCCUGUGGAAGGGGCUGAGUGGAACAUGCCCCCGCUCUAGAAGCUUUGUGUCCGAUGUGAGGAAGACAGGCUAUGAACUCUCUGUAAAGUCCCUUGAGGCACGAUGAGUUCGUGACCAUGAAUAAGAACAGCCCAGGGCCCAGCUGUUUCCUAGCUACACUCCCCUUCCCUACCACCCACAGGAAGUGAACCCCAAUACACAGGGCUCUUCAGUCUUGCCCUCCAGUCUACUUCAGGGAUCAUUGGUUUGUUUCAUUUCUCACAGAU